AUGAGUAUUCAAAUGUCUUUAGUUUUUGGUGCCUUAAUAUUGGAAAUGGUAACCUUAUUGCUGAUGGUUUUGCCAUUGCCUCAUCCAGUUAGGGUAAAGAUCAUAGAUAUAUCUAUCUUGUUAAGAAACCUGAAAAACUUUAGGAUAGGACUCUGGUUUACUGUAAUCUUGUUGAGCAUGCAAUUUAUGGAUUGCAUCCAGAGAUUGCAAAGGUUUGGGCAUUUGGGUAAUCCAUACUUCGCCUUAAACUCGCAAAACAACCAAUUUGGGACUAUGUCUUACGACCAAUUGGCAUCCAAGUUUUAUUCUCAAAGAAAUUUGUACAUUACUGGUGCUGUCUUAUAUUUGAUGCUUGCAAUUUUUACCGUAAGCACCAUAUUAAAGAAAUUAGUCUUGAAGGAAUCUGAAUACAGAAAGUUAUCCGCGAGUGAAGCAGAAGGAAAUUCUAAAGUUACCGGCGAAGGACAAGAAUCAAGUGAAGUUGCUAAAUAUAAGAAGUUAAUUGAACAGAAGGAAAUUGACAUUGCCACCUUGAAGAAACAAGUUGGAGGCUUACAAAAAUCUUAUGAUGAUUUGAACCCAUCGCAACCAAUUGAGAAGGAUGAGUAG